UAUAAAUACCUGGAACACGAUCAAUAACAAAAAUUUUCGUUCAAAAGUUACCAAAAAAAAUCACAGAAAUGGCGUGCAGGACUGUGUUGCGCUGCGUCUUCUCAACAGAGCCGUAUAGACCUUUGCAUCAAAACCGUGCCCUUUUUUCUCUCCCAUUAACGACAGUUGUAUUUUCUUCCCAAGUUCGUUUCAGUUACAGAAAUUAUGGAACUAUUAGAGCUAGAAAUCUUCACUUUACACGACGAACUCAAAUUUGUUGCUCGCGUAACGACAACCAAUCAUCAGCUCAGGACGAACAGGAACAAGGUCCGCCUCAAGAAGCCGUUCUUAAAGCCAUUUCAGAGGUAUCAAAGACAGAAGGUCGGGUUGGACAGACCACAAAUGUUGUUAUUGGAGGUACUGUAACUGAUGAUUCUACUAAUGAGUGGCUGGCUUUGGAUCAGAAGGUCAAUUCAUAUCCAACGGUUAGAGGGUUUACAGCAAUUGGAACUGGUGGCGACGACUUUGUGCAAGCCAUGGUUGUUGCUGUUGAAUCAGUCAUUCAGAAGCCUAUACCUGAGGGUCGCGUGAGGCAGAAAUUAUCAUCAAGGGGCAAAUAUGUAUCUGUCAACAUUGGUCCUAUUCAAGUCAGUUCCAGUGAGCAGGUGAGGAUUGGAGGAAUGGUAGUGGUUGGAAAACUUUCCUUGAGAUGCCGAAUAAACAAAAUUCCAAACGCAUAAUUAGGCAAAGACAUCGGUUUUGGUUGUCGCCACCUUAAACACAACUAUUAUUAGUAAAUGAUUGAUCUUAUAUGGAGCAGUUAUAGUCAGCUUGUGCUGCCAUGCGGCGUGUCGCAAAUCUUAUUUCCCAACGUAGUUGCACAAACGCUGUACAGGUCUGAGUAAAUGACUUGCCCAUUAAAUUUUUGACCAUCAUAAACUCUUAUCUUCAUUCUUAUUAUUAUUAUUUAUUAUUAUUAUUUUUGCGUGUUUUUCUACAUUUGUGACGCAUGCAUACACGCACACAGAUUAGGUGAUGCGACUGCGGGAGAGGAACCUCACAGUCUGAGACCACGAUCGUGGCUUCUGGUUGGGUCAUUUGUGAGAAAUUAUGCUCUUAAUUAUUGUAUAAUACAGUAUGUAUGGUAGCGGCAGCAAUCAAGCAUGUUGUUUUUAAUUAGGAAUUACCUAUAGGCAAUACGUCAAGGGCUGACUGAAUGACCAGUCCUUCUCGGACCAAAAAGAUUCCCCAUUUUUCUUGUCAAAUUGAUGCUCAUAAUAUGUAUGUAAUGUACGUACUCAAUUGCUCAAGCAGUCACCAUCUAUCCUUAAUUUUAAAUAUUAGUUGAUGACUUGGUGCAUAGCAUCUGCAGUAGUAGUUGCAAUUUCAUAGUUUAUUUCUGCAACUUUCCAGUUCCUGACGAAAUAAAUAUAUUUUAUAUAUAUUUGCCCAGUAAAAGACCAAACUUCA